CGCCGCCGCGCCCGCCGCCCGCCUUCGCCGCCGCCGCGAUGCGGCCCGGAGCGCCCGCCCGCCGCCCGGCCCGCUCCUGAGCCUGCUGUUCCACCCUCCUGGAGCUGCUCCAGGGCGCUGCCUGUCUGGCAGGAGUCCAGUGGUCAGCCAGGGCCCCUCCCCACUGCCGUCUGCGCAUGUGCCGGGGGGACCCAGGAGCCCCCAUUCUCCCGCACGUCGCCAGCCCUUUCCUGCCGAGGAGAGGGGCGCAUGCUGCCAUGAGCUCGCAGGGCCACCCAGACGGACUCUCCGGCCGAGACCAGCCCGUGGAGCUGCUGAGCCCCGCCCGCGUCGGCCACAUGCCCGGCCCUGUGGACGUGGCCUCGGCGCUGCCCCUGCAGGUGGCCCCCCCAGCCGUGCCCAUGGACCUGCGCCUGGACCACCCCUUCUCCCUGCCCGUGGCCGAGCCUGGCCUGCGGGAGCAGCAGCUGCAGCAGGAGCUCCUGGCGCUGAAGCAGAAGCAGCAGCUGCAGCGGCAGAUCCUCAUCGCCGAGUUCCAGCGGCAACAUGAGCAGCUGUCGCGGCAGCACGAGGCCCAGCUGCACGAGCACAUCAAGCAGCAGCAGGAGCUGCUGGCCCUGAAGCACCAGCAGGAGCUGCUCGAGCACCAGCGGAAGCUGGAGAGGCACCGGCAGGAGCAGGAGCUGGAGAAGCAGCACCGCGAGCAGAAGCUGCAGCAGCUGAAGAACAAGGAGAAGGGCAAAGAGAGCGCCGUGGCCAGCACAGAGGUGAAGAUGAAGCUGCAGGAGUUCGUCCUGAACAAGAAGAAGGCGCUGGCCCAGCGGAGCCUGAACCACUGCAUCACCAGCGACCCGCGCUACUGGUACGGGAAGACCCAGCACAGCUCGCUGGACCAGAGCUCCCCGCCGCAGAGCGGGGCGUCGGCCUCCUACCAGCACCCGCUCCUGGGCAUGUACGACGCCAAGGACGACUUCCCGCUGCGCAAGACAGCCUCCGAGCCCAACCUGAAGCUGCGCUCGCGGCUGAAGCAGAAGGUGGCCGAGCGGCGGAGCAGCCCGCUGCUGCGGAGGAAGGGCGGGCCCGUGGUCACCGCGCUCAAGAAGCGGCCCCUGGACGUGCCCGACUCGGCCUGCAGCAGUGCGCCCGGCUCAGGGCCCAGCUCCCCCAACAACAGCUCGGGCAACGUCAGCGCGGAGAACGGCCUCGCCCCCGCGGUGCCCAGCGUCCCCGCCGAGACCGGCCUGGCCCACAGACUGGUGGGGCGUGAGGCCGCACCGCUGCCCCUCUACACGUCGCCGUCCCUGCCCAACAUCACGCUGGGGCUGCCGGCCACGGGCCCCUCUGCGGGCGCAGCCGGCCAGCAGGACGUGGAGCGCCUGGCCCUGCCCGGGCUCCCGCAGCGCCUCCCCCUCUUCCCCAGCGCGCACCUGCCCCCCUACCUGGGCACGGCACCCCUGGAGCGGGACGGCGCCCACAACCCGCUGCUGCCGCACAUGGUCCUCCUGGAGCCGCCCACCGCCCAGUCGCCCCUGGUCGCCGGCCUGGGCGCGCUGCCCCUGCACGCCCAGUCCCUGGUGGGGGCCGAGCGCGUGUCCCCAUCCAUGCACAAGCUGCGGCAGCACCGGCCGCUGGGGCGCACGCAGUCGGCGCCGCUGCCCCAGAACACGCAGGCCCUGCAGCAGCUCGUGGUCCAGCAGCAGCACCAGCACUUCCUGGAGAAGCAGAAGCAGCUGCACCUUGGCAAGAUGAUCCCGAAGCCCAGCGAACCGGCCCGGCAGCCCGAGAGCCACCCCGAGGAGACGGAGGAGGAGCUGCGCGAGCACCAGGCCCUGCCCGAGGAGCCCUUCCUGGACCGGCUGGCGGGCCACUCGGAGCCGCACGGCCUGGCCGGGGUGCAGGUGAAGCAGGAGCCCAUCGAGAGCGAUGAGGAGGACGCUGAGCCCCAACGGGACGCAGAGCUGGGCCAGCGCCAGCCCAGCGAGCAGGAGCUGCUCUUCCGACAGCAAGCCCUGCUCCUGGAGCAGCAGCGGAUCCACCAGCUGAGGAACUACCAGGCCUCCAUGGAGGCCGCCGGCAUCCCCGUGUCCUUCGGCGGCCACCGGCCUCUGUCCCGAGCGCAGUCCUCCCCGGCGUCCGCCACCUUCCCCAUGUCUGUACAGGAGCCGCCCCCGAAACCGAGGUUCACCACAGGCCUGGUGUACGACACCCUCAUGCUGAAGCACCAGUGCGCCUGCGGCAGCAGCAGCACCCACCCCGAGCACGCCGGCCGCAUCCAGAGCAUCUGGUCCCGGCUGCAGGAGACCGGCCUGCGCGGCAAGUGCGAGUGCAUCCGAGGCCGCAAGGCAACGCUGGAGGAGCUGCAGACGGUGCACUCGGAGGCGCACGCCCUACUCUACGGCACCAACCCACUCAACCGGCAGAAACUGGACAGUAAGAAACUUCUAGGCUCGCUGGCCUCCGUGUUUGUCAGGCUGCCCUGCGGCGGUGUUGGGGUGGACAGUGACACCAUCUGGAACGAGGUGCACUCCUCCGGGGCCGCCCGUCUGGCUGUGGGGUGUGUGGUCGAGCUGGUCUUCAAGGUGGCCACGGGGGAGCUAAAGAAUGGCUUCGCGGUGGUCCGGCCCCCUGGGCAUCACGCAGAGGAGAGCACCCCCAUGGGCUUCUGCUACUUCAACUCCGUGGCCAUCGCAGCCAAGCUUCUCCAGCAGCGGCUGAGUGUGAGCAAGACGCUCAUUGUGGACUGGGACGUGCACCAUGGCAACGGCACCCAGCAGGCCUUCUACAGCGAUCCCAGCGUCCUGUAUGUGUCCCUGCACCGCUAUGACGACGGCAACUUCUUCCCGGGCAGCGGGGCACCCGACGAGGUGGGCACGGGGCCAGGCGUGGGCUUCAACGUCAACAUGGCCUUCACCGGGGGCCUCGACCCCCCCAUGGGCGACGCUGAAUACCUGGCAGCCUUCAGGACCGUGGUCAUGCCCAUCGCCAGCGAGUUUGCCCCGGACGUGGUGCUGGUGUCGUCUGGCUUCGACGCCGUGGAGGGCCACCCCACGCCUCUGGGUGGCUACAACCUGUCCGCCAGAUGUUUUGGGUACCUGACGCGGCAACUGAUGGGCUUGGCCGGCGGCCGCAUCGUGCUAGCCCUGGAGGGCGGCCACGACCUCACGGCUAUCUGCGACGCAUCAGAGGCCUGCGUCUCGGCGCUGCUGGGCAACGAGCUGGACCCACUCCCAGAGAAGGUCUUGGAGCAGCGGCCCAACGCCAAUGCGGUGCGGUCCAUGGAGAAGGUCAUCAGCAUCCAUAGCCAGUACUGGCGGUCCCUGCAGCGCCUGUCCUCCACGGCGGGCUACGCGCUGCUCGAGGCGCAGAAGUGCGAGAACGAGGAGGCCGAGACGGUCACGGCCAUGGCCUCCCUGUCCGUGGGCGUGACGCCCGCCGAGAAGAGGGCGGACGAGGAGCCCAUGGAGCAGGAGCCGCCCCUGUAGCCUCCGCCGUCUCUCUGUCUGUCUGUCUUGACGCGCAGCCGGGAAGACGCGUCCUGUGUCCUGCUGGCCCUGGACACCAGGUGCCAGGGGGCAAGCGGCUCGGGGAGCCCUUCUGCCGCCCAGCCCCCGGGGCCCGGACGGACGCCGCCCUGGGGCGAGCGCACACGCGGCGGCUCAGGGUGAGUCGCCUGCCUGGGCACCGCCGAGCGCAGUCCAGGCUCGGACACCGCGACCCCACUUGACCCAACUGGUGCUGGACGCUCGCUCCCACCCACGUGGCCGUGACCCCUUCGACUCAUCUUGUAGCUUCUUUUCUUGCGAAGACGACGUUGGCUCCGGCUUCCGCCGCGGACCUGAGCGUGGGCACCGGGUGGGCACCAGCGAGACCGCCCUCGAGGACGGAGACUGGGCAGGAACGGGGGGGCCCCCGGGCCCCCCCGGAAGCCAUGGGAGACGCGAGUUUGUGCCUUUCUUUAUUGCUCGGAUGGACGUGGGGCUGGGUUUUCUGAAGUCUGAGGAACGAUGCCUUAAGCAAAAUCAGCAGCAGGAAGGGGGGGUCCAAACCCCGCUUCCGCAUUUCUGCUGUUUGGGGGAUGGAGGUGGUUCCAGCCAAGUGGCAGAGACUGUGGGGGGCGUUCAGGUCCACCCCGUUUUCGACGAAUCCAAAGUGUUCUUUCCUUCCGUCACCUGACGCCGUCGCUAUGAAGCAUGCCCAGACCGGAAUGCUUUUUAUGAAAAGCAAGUAGCAUGAAGUAUUGCUUAAAUUUUAGGUAUAAAUAAAUAUAUAUAUGUAUAAUAUAGAUUCCAAUGUAUUCCAAGCUAAGAAACUUGAUUCUUAUGAAAUCUUGAUAAAAUAUUUAUAAUGCAUUUAUAGAAAAAGUAUAUAUAUAUACAAAUAUAUAUAUAAAGUAAAUGCAGAUGGCAAAGGUCCCUGGUGGUGACCGACUGUGGACUCGAUUCAAAGGUGCUUCCAGAGGACCUCGCAGGGAGCCCCUGGAGGGCGGGGCCGAGACCCCCGCGCCUCACGCACAAUCUGUACUUACUGGACCUGUAUAGCCACGAGGACACGUUUGCUGUUGGUUUUUUGUAUGACUUUUCUACAAAGGGCCUGGAUAUGCGUCAUUCUGUGAGUCUGUGUCCGUUCUCUCCACCAGGUGGGUUUUCCGACGGGGGGCCGGUGCUCCCUCUCUCCUUCUGAACUCGCACUCGUACGCUUUUCUUUUCUUUUUUUUUUUUUUUGACUCUCAGAGGUGUGUUUUUUUAAGCUUUUCGUUGUGUUCUGUUUUGUGCAGUGGCGGGUUCCGCGGCGCAGAGUGUGGCCGCAGGCUCGGGGCUGCCGCCAUGGCAGGACCCCCCCGCCCCCCCACCGCUGGUGCUCACUCCACUGGCUGCACUGUUGGGGCAGAGUUUUAACUUGAGUUUCCCAAAGACCUUUUCAGAGCUGGUGGGCGCGGGCCGGCCCGUUCCUGCAGUGCCCCCGUUGUCCCGGCCCUGGGUGCAGCUGGUGGUGACCGCGCCCGUCGGCCGCCCGCCUCGGCUCUUCUCUCACUUUUUUUCCGGUUCCUUGUUUUCUAUCACGUGAAGCCACCGACCACCUCCCGUGUGCCCCAGCGUGCCGGCCGUGGGCCUGCGGGCCGGCCUUUUGGCGACGGGCACUUUGGACCCAGUGCUUGUCCGGUCGGGGGCAGGACGGGGCUGGAUGGGUCGUGCACAGCCCACAGCGGUCCAGUGACCACCCUGGGGCCGGACAGCAGACUCCACUCCGAGGGGUCGUUCUGAGCCUCCUGGGGGCUUCCCGCAGUCCGGAGCGGGGCUGGCUGGCCAGCCAGCCGGGCAGUACAGGGCAGCGGAGGCCGGGCGGCCUUUGCACUGAGCACAUGCAGCGGCCGGGCUGUGCGCGGCCCAGCCUUCCGGGAGCGCAGGCCAGCACUUUAUACCCUUUGCAGACCCCUGCGGGUCCCCAGCAGGAGGCCGGCCGGGCGCCUGCGAGAGAGUGUUUCAGAUUUUCUUUCCUCGGAGGGGUGCGUGGGGGCGAUGCGCGCCCGAGCCCUCCCGCCCGCAGCGCUCACUCCGUCUUCUUUGUAGCCCCGGCCUGUGUGUUUCCGGGCGCUGAUACACAUCUGAAUCUCUAUAGAAAUACACAUGAAUCUAUUUUUUUAAGUUUCCUACUCCUGAAGUCGCAUGGGCAAGCACGCAUGUCUGCCCUGGACAGUUUGCACGCGUCUCGGCAGCUCGGGGAGAAAUGCCUUUUCCCCCUCUCCUGACACUUGCAGGUGCAAAAGAUGGGGAUUUUUCUGUAAAGCAAAGCGCUGGAGCCAGCGUCGGGAGGGGGAGCGUUUGCGUCUUUACUGGACUUACUCUUGAGAAAUCGUACUUUUUAUUGUAAGGAAAAUUAAAAAAAAAAAAGUCUACUUAAACAUUUGUCAUAUUAAGAAAAAGUUUAUCUAGCCUUUGUGACUUACCAAUCAUAGAGUCUGUUGUAUCUAUGUGGAAACAGUGUUUGCAGGGCCCCCGGGGACUCGCCAGGGUGGGGGGGCCCCCUCCUGGCGGGCCCUGCGCCCCCACCGAGCCGCCCGGACUCCGCUGCCUCCUGCGCUUCCUCUUUCUCAGCGUCGGGCCGGCUCGGACUCACUUUCCGCCAGAGCGGUGGGCAGGCUGGGGCACUGCGGUUUCAAAUUCUACUUUGCAUUGAGAGGAAACCGUUUCUUCCUUGUACUGGGGCGGGCGGCUCCCGGCCCAGCUCCUGUUGUCUCUGACCUGAUUAAAAGUCUCCUAUU